GCUCUGUUUUUUUUUUUGGUGUUUUUUUUCCUGAGCCAUCUGGGCACUCGCGGAAGCGCCGGGGGAUAUUUGGGUGUGGGCGAGGCGGCGCGGGGGGGCUGCGGCGAUCCAUGCCGGGGUCUCCCUCUCACAGCUCCCUCCCCCAGCCCACCAUGCCCUCUUCCAAGAACGGCAGCGAGUUCUGGAUCGAUGGAUCCCACCGGGAGGCGGCACUGGAAGAUUUCUACGUCGUGGGCCCCGAGCUGGGACGGGGAGCCACCUCGGUGGUGUUCAGCUGCCAGGAGAAGGGCACGGGAGCUCCCUACGCUGCCAAGAUCCUGAAGAAAACGAUCGACAAAAAGAUCGUGAGGACAGAGAUCGGGGUCCUGCUGCGGCUCUCGCACCCCAACAUCAUCAAGCUGAAGGAGAUUUUCGAGACGCCCUCGGAGAUCGCGCUGGUGCUGGAGCUGGUGACGGGGGGAGAGCUCUUCGACAGGAUCGUGGAGAGGGGCUUCUACAGCGAGCGGGACGCGGCGCACGUGGUCAAGCAGAUCCUGGAGGCCGUUUCGUAUUUGCACCAGAACGGGGUCGUGCACCGGGACCUGAAGCCCGAGAACCUGCUCUACGCAGACCUGUCCCCCGACGCGCCCCUCAAGAUCGGUGACUUCGGGCUCUCCAAGAUCGUGGAUGAACAGGACACCAUGAAAACCGUGUGUGGGACACCGGGGUACUGCGCCCCCGAGGUCCUGCACGGCCGCCCCUACGGCCCCGAGGUGGACAUGUGGAGUGUGGGGGUCAUCACCUACAUCCUGCUCUGUGGCUUCGAGCCGUUCUUUGACCCGCGGGGGGAUCAGUACAUGUACGGCCGCAUCCUCACCUGCGACUACGAGUUCGUGUCCCCCUGGUGGGACGAGGUGUCCCCGAACGCCAAGGACCUGGUCAGAAAAUUGAUCGUUUUGGACCCGCAGAAGAGGCUGACGGUUCAGCAGGCCCUGGAGCACCCCUGGGUCACCGGGAAGGCGGCGAAAUUCGCUCACAUGGACAGCACCCAGAGAAAACUGCAGGAGUUCAACGCCAGGAGGAAACUGAAGGCUGCCAUGAAAGCCGUGGUGGCCUCCGGACGCUUGGGCAACCACGGCCACCACGACUGCGCCCGCGGCGGCCGCGGCCAGGGGGGACAGCGGGGCCCGGCCCGGCCCGGCCGCCAGAGUGACCAGCCCGGUGUGACCCAGAGUGACCACCCCGGUGUGUCCCCGAGUGACCACCCGGCCAUGCUCCAGAGUGACCACCCUGGUGUGUCCCCGAGUGACCACCCGGCCAUGCUCCAGAGUGACCAGCCUGGUGUGUCCCCAAGUGACCACCCGGCCAUGCUCCAGAGUGACCACCCUGGUGUGUCCCCGAGUGACCACCCUGCCAUGCUCCAGAGUGACCACCCCAGUGUGUCCCUGAGUGACCACCUGGCUGUGCUCCAGAGUGACCACCCUGCUGUGCCCCAGAGUGGCCACCCCAACAGGUUCCAGAGUGACCACCCCGCCAUGUCCCCGGUGGCCUCAGUGGCCAAGUUCCAGAGUGACCACCCCACCAUGUCCCCGGUGGCCCCAGUGGCCAAGUUCCAGAGUGAGCACCCUGCCGUGUCCCCAAGUGACCACUCCAAUGUGUCCCCAGUGGCCGUGUUCCAGAGUGACCACCCUGGUGUAUCCCCAGUGCCCAGGUUCCAGAGUGACCACCCUGCCUUGUCCCCAGUGGCCCCAGUGACCAAGUUCCAGAGUGACCACCCAGCCAGGUUCCAGAGUGACCACCCCGCUGUGUCCCCGAGUGACCACUCCAGUGUGUCCCCAGUGCCCAGGUUCCAGAGUGACCACCCCACCAGGGUCCAGAGUGACCACCCCGGUGUGUCCCUGAGUGACCACCCCGGUGUGUCCCCAGUGGCCCCAGUGCCCAGGUUCCAGAGUGACCACCCCACCAGGGUCCAGAGUGACCACCCCGCCGUGUCCCUGAGUGACCACCCCGGUGUGUCCCCAGUGGCCCCAGUGCCCAGGUUCCAGAGUGACCACCCCACCAGGGUCCAGAGUGACCACCCCGCCGUGUCCCUGAGUGACCAUCCCGGUGUGUCCCCAGUGCCCAGGUUCCAGAGUGACCACUCCGCUGUGUCCCCAGUGUCCCCAGUGCCCAGGUUCCAGAGUGACUACCCCGCCAUGUCCCCAGUGUCCCCAGUGCCCAGGUUCCAGAGUGACCACCCCGCCGUGUCCCCGGUGGCCCCGGUGGCCGUGCCAGGCGCCGGCUGUCACAGUUAACGGCCCCACAGCGGUGACACCGCCGAGCCCCGGCCCGCAGAGCCCCGAGCCCGUGGCCUGGGCUCUGGAACGCCCUCGUGUCCCGUCCUGUCACCCCCCGGUCGCUGUCCCUGUCCCUGUGCCCGCCCGGCCGAGGGGACGGGGCGGUGACUUUGUCCUCCCACUCUGCAGCGGUUUGGGUGGCUCGGAAAGGUCCCGAAAAACGAGGGGCAAACAGCAGAGCUGAGCAAUCCUCCCUCCUCCCCCUGCAAAUGUC